AUCAUAUUUGAUAUGCUCUCCACAUCGCUGCUGAACUCCUUCCUCACAACCAACUCGGCUACCCCACUACCCCGCCACUGCCACCUCAAUCUUGCCGUCACCCACCAUGUCGCACUCCCACUGCCACGACGAAUCCCAUAGCCACGACCAUGGCGACCACGAUCACGAUCACAGCGAUGACAUCACACCCGCGCUGCAGAACAUACUGUACUCGCAAAUCGACUUCAGCGCGCUGCGCACCCUAAACGAGGACGACAGCAACAGCGGCCGCGCAAUUUGUCAGAAAACAUGGGCGCAACGCCUCGAGCCAACGCCAGAACUCGUGUCCAGCGCCGAUGAGCAGCUGCUCAUGCUAGUCCCAUUCGCAGGACAAGUGCGGUUGCAUUCGAUUCUACUGCGGACGUCGGACAGCGAGUCUUCGCCAAAGACGCUCAAAGUGUUUGCGAACUUCGGGGAGGACAUGGACUUCGACACGGCAUCUGAGAAGUCGCCCACACAGACGUUCGAGAUUGCGAGGACAAGCGAAGUCCAGGAGAUUCCGGUCAAGAGGGUGCACUUCAAUAACACGAGGAGCCUGGCGCUGUUCUUUGAGGACAAUUGGAGUCAGGGCGAGGAAGAUGAGACGCGGAUUAGUUAUCUAGCAUUUAAGGGCGAUUUCAUGAAGCUGAACAAAGAGCCAGUUAGUGUGCUAUACGAGGCGGCUGCGAAUCCGGCGGAUCAUAAAGCUAUUGCGGGGGUUAAGGAGGGGGUAGGGAGGGGCAUCCAGUGAGACGCUGAAGAGGCGAUGGCAGAACACGAGAACAUCAGUAUUGCAGACA